UCCAAUGGCAGAACAAGAAAUGAACAGAAGACCAUCGCCAGACCCAGUCUCAGUGCUACGAGGUCACCGCGCUUCGGUAGCUGACAUUUGUUUUCAUCCUUCUAAAACCAUAUUGUUUUCUGGGUCAACAGAUGGAGAAUUGCGGAUUUGGGACACAGUACAGCACCGUACAGUUUCUUCUUCUUGGGUGCAUAGUGCAGCACAUGGGGUAAUUUGUGUUGCAGCGAGUCCUGUUCUAGGGGAUAACAAAGUUAUCAGCCAAGGCAGGGAUGGUAGCGUCAAAUGUUGGGAGUUUGGAGAAGGAGGUUUGUCCAGGACACCGUUACUUACAAUAAAGACAAACGCUUAUCAUUUCUGCAAACUAUCAAUUGCAAAGUCACCAAGUGAGGCAUUGGAGACUGAUGAUCUGGAGAUAAACAAAAUUGUUGAUGACAUGCAAAGGGGAGAACAAGGAGAUCAACCCACUGAUUCCACCAUAUCCAAAGGUAAGGAGCUUAGUGAAGGACCAAAAUAUGUUGCUAUAGCAGGGGAACAAUCUUCUGUGGUUGAGAUUUGGGAUGUCAAUACUGCAGAAAGAAUUGCAGAGCUGCCUCAUAGCUCUGGUAGCCUCUCAAAUCAGACUCCGAACCAAAGAGGGAUGUGCAUGGCAGUUCAAGCGUUCUUACCUUCUGAAUCUCAGGGGCACCUAAGUGUUAUGGCAGGGUAUGAGGAUGGAUCCAUUGCUUGGUGGGACUUGCGUAAUCCCGGAGUCCCAUUGACUUCAGUCAAGCUUCAUUCAGAACCAGUUUUAAGCUUAUGCAUAGAUGGAGAAUGCAAAGGUGGUCUCUCUGGAGCUGCUGAUGAGAAAAUUUUGAUGUUUGCAUUGGACCAUUCUAUGGGUUCUUGUUUGAUAAGAAAAGAAAUUGUAUUGGAGAGACCUGGCAUCUCUGGAACCUCAAUCCGUCCAGAUGGAAAAAUCGCUGCAACUGCUGGUUGGGAUCAACGGGUUAGGAUUUACAAUUAUCGCAAAGGAAAGCCUCUGGCUAUUUUGAAAUAUCAUAACGCCACGUGCAACGCCGUUUCAUUCUCUGCUGAUAACAAAUUAUUGGCCUCUGCAUCUGAAGAUACAACAGUGGCUCUCUGGGAACUUUAUCCUCCUAGAACAUGACAUUGUAUCGUUGUUAAACCCCGUGGAUUGUUUGUAAUGAAGGGGUUAAUGUCUGAAGUUUUACAGUGCGGAGAAGUUAUCCCCAGAUGAGCAUAUGGAGUUUGCUGGAAGAUAUUACUGAUCAUCAGAAAGAGAAGAGGACUUUAAGCUAUUUUUGGGAAAUACACUUUGUUCCGGCCUUUCCCCAGACCCUGCAUAUAGCGAGAGCUUAGUGCAUUGAACUAUCUCGCUUUUCAAGUUGUUAGAAAGAAACAUAGUUGUGAAAGUAAUAAAAAAGAACUCUACUUGUAACCCUUAAACAAGAAGAAUUGUUAUAUCAAGCUCUUCAUUUAC